AAAUAAACAAAAUUAAAUCCAAGAUACAAAUACAAUAUCUAAGCAUUGAAAUAUUGAAUGAAUCUUCAGUUAAAUUAGAAAAAGGAAAUAAACAAAAUAAAAUCCUAAAAGGAUUAGGAACGGUAAAGCAUUAUAUAAAGGUUGAUAGGCGCUACGUAUUCUCUUCACAACUCAUCAUUCACAUUCAUCAACACAACACAACACAAGUCUCUCUCUCUCUUAUUCCGCGAGUUCGAGAUUUCACAACCUUUCUUCUUCCCUUAUCAUCGAUUGGUUCAUCUGAUCAUUGCUACAACGAUGAAGAAGAUCUUCCUUUUCGUGCUGCUUUCCAUAACAACCUUCACGCUUCUCUCGGGUUCUUGUUCGGCUAAGGUCUACACGGUCGGGGACUCGGAUGGAUGGAUUGCCAAAGAAGACAUCUUUUACGAAUGGGCAAAGGGUAAGGAGUUCCACGUUGGUGAUUCUCUGGUCUUCAACUACGAUCCCUCCGUCAACGACGUUACUCAAGUCCCGGGAGCUUUGGAAUACCAAUUUUGCGACACAUCUUCUCCUCAAGCCGUGUACAACACAGGGCAUGAUGUCGUAACCUUCACGGAACCAGGAUAUCACUACUUUAUCAGCUCAAACCAAGCUCAAUGCACAAUGGGACAGAGGCUCGACGUUCUUGUUGUUCAUGACCCGUCACGUCCCAUUCCUCCACCACCACCGAGCAAGAUCCUUCCUUCCAGCCAAAUCUACAAGGUCGGUGGCUCUAAAGCAUGGAGCGUUCCCGAAGAGAGUGAAUACUACAACAAGUGGAGUGAGGAUAAACUGUUUCAAGUAGGAGACAGUCUACUUUUCGAAUACAACAACGAAGUAAACGACGUCUUAGAGAUUAACGGUGAGCUUGAAUUCAUAACCUGCGACCCGACUUCUCCCGUAGCCGUGCACAAGACAGGACACGAUCUAGUCAAGCUCACCAAACCAGGAGUUCACUAUUUCAUUAGCUCAAAGACGGGUCACUGCGCGGCUGGCCUUAAGCUUCGAGUUGCGGUCGGACAACUCAUCAAAGACUUAACUUUCCCCAAUGUUCCCAAGAAGACGGAUUUGUCAGCUAUGGACCGCCUCACAAAGUGGUUACGCACUUUCAGAUCCCAGCCCCAUCACUAAGUCUUCGUUUUAUUUGGUUUUGUUGAGAUUAGCUAAUUAGGGUUUCUUUCUCUUGUUAUGAAAGAUAUAAGUUGACAUUAAGAGUUCAUUUUAAGAGAAAUGAGAUAACUAAUUAACAUAUGUAAAAAUAUAAAAUAAGUUGUAAUUUAUAUUAUUUUAAUGUA